UUUUUAAAAUAUUAUUUUGAAUAUGUUUUAGGCUUUUGAAGAUCCAACAUUGCAAUUAGCAACACUUGAUAAAAACUCUGAUCCUGAAAACUUUUUAUCACAGGAAUACUCAUCGGAAGAUUUAGUGGAUCAAUCUUUUGUUGGACAAGAAUCCGAACAUAUUUUUCAAGAGGACUUAUUAAGUGAUGAUGAAACCGUAGAAAUUUUGCAAAGAGUUAAACAAAAUUCAAAAAGUUUACAACAACUUAAAGAUGAAAAAAGUUUUUUAGAAUCUAUUGGCACAUACGUUGAGAAAAGCCCUGGAGAAUUACUUUUAGUAUCACUUAAAUUUUCAUUGAUUAAUAAUCACUCAUUUUCAUCUUUAACUGGUUUAUGUCGAUUUAUUAAUGCUAUAUGUGGCAAGCGUGUACUCCCAGAAACACGCUACAUGAUUGAUAAGAUAUGCAAUUACAAUAAUAACAAUAUAAUUUUACAUGGCAUCUGCGACACGUGCUCCAACUACAUAGGCACAUUUAAAAAUAAUGAAAAGAUUGUUAAAUGCAAUAAUUGUGAAAUGAAUGUUGAUGUGUCUAAUCAAUCAAACAAUUGUUUUUUUGCUAUGUUAGACCCCUCUAAUGCAAUUACUGAGUACUUGCAAUCACAUGAAGACUAUUAUGAACAUAUUGUUAGAGAAAAAGUACACGAGAAAGAUGUUAUUCAAGAUAUUUAUGACGGGAAAAUGUAUAGAAAAUUUCCAAAAAUUUAUCUGAUAAUGAUCGAUAUAACUAUGUAAGUGUAACUAUUAAUACCGAUGGUGCUCCCGUAUUUAAAUCAUCAAAUUUUUCUAUUUGGCCUAUUUAUUUAUGUAUUAAUGAAAUACCCGUUCAAGCUAGAUUUAAUAGUGUCAUAGUAGUAGGGUUAUGGUUUGGAAAAAAUAAGCCAGAGAUGAGUAUAUUUUUAGAAAUAUUUGUUGAAUUGAUAAAUAAGCUGACAAAAAAUGGAAUACAAGUUACCAUAAAAGGAGAAACUCGACACAUAAAACUGUAUGCCAUACUUGCAUGUGUAGAUACUGUCGCACGUGCACCUAUGCAGGGAACUUGUCAAUUUAAUGCUCAUUACGGUUGCGACUGGUGUAUGCACCCCGGCGAAUAUUAUAAUGGCAGUAUGAGAUACCCAUAUACUGAUCAAUUACCAGAUAAUAGAGAUGCAGCUACUACAAUUAAAUUUGCUAAAUUGGCUCUCAGAACAGAGAAACCUGUGUUUGGAAUAAAAACUGCAUCGCCAUUAAUGCUUUUAAAUAACUUUGACAUAAUUAAAAGUUUUUCGCCUGAUUAUAUGCAUUGCAUUUUAGCUGGUGUUGCUAAACAAUACACUGAGUAUAUAAUAAGUUAUAUGUCAACCAACGACUAUGAAACUUUAAAUAGUUUGUUUUCAAAAAUAAAAGUUCCACAUCAAUUAGGCCGGUUAGCAAGACCCUUAUCAGACCGAGGAAAUUGGAAAUCACGUGAGUGGGAAAAUUGGAUUUUAUUUUAUAGUGUACCAUUAUUCAAUCUUGUAUUAAAAUGUAAAAAGCGAUUGCGACAUUGGCAAUUAUUAACAGAAUCCUUACAUAUAGCCCUUCAAACUAAAAUAACGUAUGCAGAAUUAAAUGAUAUGAAUGAUAUGUUAUGUACAUUUUUAUCUGAGGCCGAAAAUCUUUAUACUUUAACCGCUAUGACUUAUAAUACUCAUCAAUUAUUGCAUGUAGCUGAUAGUAUAGCAAAUUGGGGUCCUCUAUGGGCACAUUCGUCAUUUUGCUUUGAAUCCGCCAACUAUUAUUUGCUUCGUGCUAUUAAAUGUGGAAGAGGCGUUGUACAACAAAUAAUAAGAUACAUUAAUCUCGAACGAUAUGUACAAAUGUUAGAAAAAAUUGUAUAUCCAAAUACUACGUCGAGAAUAGAAAUUUUUUACAAAGAUAUUAACGUUCCUUAUACUAAAAAAGUUUUUAAAUUAACAAAUAUUACUUAUUUAGGCAAAGAGAAUAGCAUAGAUCAAUGUGAAUGUGAAAAAUUUUCUAUUUCAAUAACAACGAAAAAUUUUUUUAGAAUGAUCAUAAAUGGUACUUUAUACAUGUCAUCGAAAAAAACUAAUGCUCGUUCAUGCAAUUAUUAUGUUCAACUCGUUAAUGGGCAGUUCAUUAAACUUGACAGUUUUUUGGUAGACGUUGAAAGAAAAUGUGAAAUAACUCUUUAUCAAUUAAUUAAUACAACAUGUUAUGCUAAUUCUAAUGCUAUUAAAGAAAUCACAAGUAUUAAUGAUGAAAUAUUAUCAGUGGAAAGUAGUCAAAUUUAUAGGAUUGCAACUUUUAUACAAAUAGGAAAAAAAAUGUAUAUAAUAGCGACACCAAACUUGUAUUUUUAUUAA